UUCCUUCUUCUCUGUGCAGAGGAAAGUAGGAGGGGUGGAUAAAAUUGGAUGGCUUUUCUCCAGGAUUCUCUGAGUUGUGUGUUCUGUCACAGGCUGGAGUGAGUGGCACUGCUCCUCUGGAGAGCACACAGUCAGCUCAACGGACGAGAGUCUCACAAUUGAGCUCCAGCAAACGAGCUAAUCAGCAUCAUUUCUGCCUGUCCCAUCCAGAACAGUUCACAGAAAGGAUAUACCAGGAAGAUAAUGACAUAAGAGUUGUCUUUUUGCAGUAAUUUGAAAUUCCAUAGAACGUCUGUGGAAUACAGAACUCUGAAUUCUGUAUUCCAGAGCUGUCCAGCUUUUGUGGACAAUGGGGAAGAGCCGGUUGUUACUGUAUGCACUCUGGGGUGUCAUGGUUUUUGGCCUGUUCCAAAAACUUGAAGCCCAGGAUGCCCCUGAGCCAGCAGACCUUGUACUCUUAAUUGACGGAUCAGAGAGCGUUGGAGCUGCCAACUUCCCCCUCAUCAGUGAUUUGGCUGUCCGAGUGAUUGAGGGGCUUGCCGUGGGCAGGGAUGCAAUCCGUGUAGCCCUUAUGCUUUAUGGUGCCGACCCUGACAUUAAGUUCUAUCUCAAUAGCUUUGACAACAAAGAAAGUGUCCUCAGUGCUAUCCGGGGGCUUGAGUACCCUGGCGGUUAUGAGGCAAAUCUUGGGGCCGCUUUGGAGGAGGUGGCAGACAGUCUAUUGGGCCAAGAUGCAGGAGGCAGGGCUGAGGAAGGGGUACCCCAGGUUCUGGUGGUCAUCAGUGCCAGGGAGUCCACUGAUGAUGUCAGUGAGGGCGGGAGGGCCCUAAAGCAGGCCAGUGUGUACACCUUUGGCAUUGCUGUGGGUGAUUCUGCUACUGCCCAGCUGGAAGCUAUUGCUACAGAUAAAAGCUUUGUUCUGUCUGCUCCUGAUGUCAGAACAGUGGCAAGCGAGGGUGACCAGAUACUGCAAUACAUUAAUGGGGUUGCCCAGCGUUCCAUUGUGGUUGAAAAUGAGUUCCCAGAAGCUUUGGCUGUUGGGAAGAGAGAUAUUGUUUUCCUCAUUGACAGUAGCAUGGGUUCCAUCCUUAUCAAUGCAGUGAGAGAAUUCAUCAAAAGGUUUAUUGACACCAUGCCGAUUGGUUCUGAUCAGGUGCAGGUCGGAGUGGCCAUGUUUUCCACAACCCCAAGAAUGGAAAUCAACCUCAACUCUUUCAGUACAAAGGAAUCACUAACUUCUGCCCUUGCAAAAAUAAAACCCAGACCUUCGAAUGAAGUCAACAUUGGUGCUGCCUUGGAUUUUGUGAGGACCAACAUGCUCACAGCUGAGAGUGGGAGCCGCAUUAAAGAUCAAGUGCCACAGCUUGUGUUGCUCCUAACCAGUAAAAAAUCCAAAGACAGUGUCCAACAACCAGCUGAUGCCCUUCGUAACAUGGGUGUUCUGACUUUGGCUGCAGGCUCCAAGGCUGCCGAUAAGGACGAGCUCGGGCAAAUAGCUUUUGAUGAGAGUGUGGUUUUCAUGCUGAAGGACUUUAGGGCAAUGGUGCGCAACCCCAAAGUAAUUAUCUCCCCUCUCUCUACAUUGUCUGGUAUUGUUGUAACAGAGGAUCCAACUGAAGGCACAGUGGAUGUUACUACAGUCCACACCCAAAGAGUUGUCCGAGACAUUGUCUUCUUGGUGGAUGGAUCUAACUAUAUUGGAAAUAACCUGCAACCUGUGCUGAAUUUCAUUACCGAAGUGGUGAAAAGGCUAGACGUUCGACCUGAGCGAGUGCGUAUUGGACUAAUGCAGUUUGCUGAAACGCAGAAAACAGAGUUUUAUCUGAACACUUACAACACCAAACAGGAUGUGCUCUCUGCCAUCGCUCGGCUGAGUUUGAUGGGAGGACGUGCAUUAAACACUGGUGCAGCCCUACAGUAUGCCCUAGAAAACCACUUUCAGCCCUCCGUUGGGUCUCGUAAGAGAGAGAGGAUCCAGCAGGUACUGGUUUUAAUAACAGGAGGACCAUCUGAAGAUGAGGUCAAGAGGAUUGCAGACAAAGUAGCUUUAGGAGGUGUUUUGACAUUUGCUGUUGGAGCUGGCCAAGUGGAGGAACGUUUCCUGAAAACUGUCGCUUUUGUUGAAAAUUUGGCAUACUACAGAAGAAAUUUUGUUGACUUGUCAAGUGUUGUUGGUGAAAUUAUGACACCACUUGUCACUGUUGAAGGGGAAACUACAGAACCAGAUCUUGAACCACCAAGUCCCUCUGGAGGAGAAAGGGAUGUUGCAUUCUUAAUUGAUGGCUCUGAUGAUGUGAGAAGUGAUUUUCCCUAUAUCCGUGACUUCAUUUCCAAAGUUAUUGAGCCUCUGGAUAUAGGCUUUAACAAAGUACGAGUUUCUGUGGUCCAGCAUAGUGAGAGACCCAGUCCUAACUUCUACCUGAACACUUAUCAAUCCAAAGAUGAGGUGCUGAGAGCUGUAAGUGGACUCAGUCUAGCAGGUGGAAGAAGUUUAAAUACUGGAGUUGCCUUGACUUUCAUGAAAAACACUAUCUUGUCACCAGCAAAUGGUGGUCGAGCCGGUGAAAAUGUUCCUCAAUUUCUGAUAGUUUUGACUGGGGGGAGAUCAAGAGACAGUGUCAAAGAACCUGCAGUUGCCCUAAAGACUGAGGGAGUUGUUCCUUUUGGUGUUGGAGUGAAAAAUGCAGAUCCUAAACAGAUUGAGGCCAUCUCUCACAAUCCAUCAUUUGCUUUCAAUGUAAAGGAAUUCAGCCAGCUCCACACUGUUCAUGAAAGGCUCAAGAACUAUGUAAACCUUCCAAAUCCAGAACUGAAGGAUUUUCUAGAGAAAGGAAUUAACAAACGGGAUAUAGUUUUUCUCCUUGAUGGCUCGGAUGACGCCAAAAAUGGACUUCUUGCCAUCCGUGAGUUCAUUCGGAGAAUGGCAGAGGACCUUGACAUUGACCAGGACAUUGUUCGAGUUGCUGUAAUACAGUACAGCGAAGAUGCUUUGACUCAUUUCCUACUUAAUACUUACAGUAGUAAGAAAGCUGUAAUUUAUGCCAUUAAUGGCUUAAGAGCGAAAGGUGGAAGAAAUCUAAAUACUGGGGCAGCACUACAAUAUGUCAGGGACAAUGUUUUCACUGCUGCUUCUGGAAGUAGACAUCAGCUAGGAGUACCUCAGCUGUUGAUUGUUAUGACUGCUAGAGGGUCCAUUGACGAUGUGGCAGGUCCAGCUGAAGAUCUUAAAAAUAUUGGAGUUCUGUCCUUUGCCAUUGGAAUAAAGAAUGCUGUAGAGGCAGAGCUCCAAAGCAUAGCAUUUUCACCUAGAUUUCAUUUUAAUCUUCCAGCCUUUGCUGAACUUUUAAAUAUACAGCCUGAUAUCCUCUCUUUUAUCAAAUCCAAAAUGGGAAUAGAACCCCCUACUAUCAUUGUUGAAUUGGAUGCAGCUCAAAGAGACAUUGUCUUUAUUCUGGAUGGGUCUGAUGACACCAGGGAUACAUUUAAACAAAUGUGUCAGUUUGUUCAAAGAGUGGUGGACAAACUCAAUAUUGGGCCAAGCAAAGACAGAGUGUCUGUAGUUCAAUACAGCAGAGAGCCACAGGUGCAUUUUUACCUCAACACACAUGCCACAAAUCAAGACAUUCUCAAUUCAAUUGAGAGUCUGAAACACCAGGGAGGAAGUCCCCUCAACACAGGAAGAGCCCUUGAUUAUACCAAAAGAACAUAUUAA